AUAAAGCUUCAGAUGCAAUCUGAAUCAGGGGUAUUUUUUAUAUAGAAGCUGAGAAUAUAAGCUAUUGUUUGUAUUUUGUGUCUAGAUAAUCAAAACUAUUGCAGUAGAUGCAUAGUGUGUGAAUACAGAUGAUCAAAGGUUUUUCUAAGGAGGGGAGUGUUUUUUUUUUGUUUUUGUUUUUUUUAGGAAAAGCUUUAUUUUUUUAAGUGGAAGAUAAUACUACUAUUUUUGUGUCUGAGUUAGGUUUAAUUAUGUAAGAUUACUCCAGGUUCAUAUCCUAAGCUCUUAACUCCUCCCCAUCCUCCCCUUUCCUCGCCGGAACCCCUCGGUGGUCCCCGGGCCCCAUCUUGGGAACCCUCGGGGAUUGAGCCAUCCCACUCCGCAGGCUCCAUGCUACUAUUGUCUUACCAGGUCGCGGGCUAUUUGCAAAAACAAAGGCAGCCUCCUGUCUCUGUGUUGGCCGCGAUGAGGGGCGAUACCCGGUGAGCCGCUGCCGGGUUUUGCUGUGAGGCUGAGCGGCUCGCAUCAGCGACGCUCCUCCGCUGCUUUCCCCGGCGCACAGCCUCUGCUUCGCGGCGGUCGGAUGCUGGAAGUCCUCGCCGAUCAGGGAGCGCGUUGGGCCGGGAGCGAGAGGGGAGAAGGGACGCGGAAGAGUGAGGGGUGGGGAGGGAGCACAGGAUACAGGGACAUUUUUUAAAAAAUACCAAAUCAGGACACAUGUUGAGCUAACGGGGCGCUCCACCUCCCUCUUCUCCUCCCAAAUGCAUUUGUUGCCUCAGUCGCUUUCCCGUCGCUAAUUACUCCGGAUUUUAAAAAGAGAGGAAAAGGGAAGCCAGCGGCUCUAGGAUCCUGGCUCACCGCUUUGAAGGACUACGAUGGAUCUGAGCAAAAUAGCUGUCAGCAUCAACAAGGCUAUCAACACACAGGAGGUCGCUGUCAAAGAGAAGCAUGCCAGGACGUGCAUCUUGGGAACACAUCAUGAGAAGGGCGCCCACACUUUCUGGGCGGCCGUCAACCGGCUGCCUCUCUCCAGCAACGCCGUGCUCUGCUGGAAGUUCUGCCACGUCUUCCACAAGCUGCUGCGGGACGGGCACCCCAACGUGAUAAAGGACUCCAUGAGGAACAAGGCAGAUCUGGCGGAUAUGAGCAGGAUGUGGGGUCAUCUGAGUGAAGGCUAUGGGAAGCUGUGCAGCAUCUACCUCAAACUGCUCAUCACCAAAAUGGAGUUUCACAUUAAAAACCCUCGUUUCCCCGGGAACCUUCAGAUGUCCAACAGGCAGCUCGACGAGGCGGGAGAGAACGACGUCAACAACUUCUUCCAGCUCACAGUGGAAAUGUUCGACUACCUGGAGUGUGAGCUUAACCUCUUCCUUGGAGUGUUCAACUCUCUGGACAUGUCUCGGUCUGUGUCGGUGACGGCGGCCGGUCAGUGCCGCUUGGCUCCCCUCAUCCAGGUCAUCCUGGACUGCAGCCAUCUGUACGACUACACCGUCAAGCUGCUGUUCAAGCUGCACUCCUGCCUUCCAGCCGACACUCUCCAGGGCCACAGAGAUCGCUUCCAGGAGCAGUUUAAGAAGCUGAAGAGUCUCUUCUAUCGCUCCAGUAACUUGCAGUAUUUCAAGAGGCUCAUUCAGAUCCCACAGUUGCCUGAGAACCCGCCAAACUUUCUGCGUGCGUCCGCGCUGUCGGAGCACAUCAGCCCCGUGGUCGUGAUCCCCGCCGAGUCGUCUUCUCCCGAGUCAGAACACGUGGUGGAAACGGAGGACCUGGUGGACACGGACGUCCCGUCCCUGCCGGCUCCCUCUGAGGUUAAGUUUGAUGACCUGUUUGGCACUUCUGCUGCCAUCGAUCCGUUCAACUUCAGCAGCCAGAACGGCAUGCGCAAAGAUGACAAAGACCGUCUGAUCGAGCAGCUGACGAGGGAGAUCCAGGCCCUCAAGGAGGAGCUAGAGUCUUUCCGACUGGAGAGCGGCCGGCUGUGUCAGGCUCUGAGGGGCCGCGUCAACGAGCUGGAGGCGGAGCUCGCCGAGCAGAGCCACCUGAGGCUGCAGGCCGCAGGCGAGAGCGAGUUCCUGAAGGCGGAGCUGGACGACCUGCGGCGGGCCAGGGAGGACACGGAGAAGGAGCAGCGGAGCCUGACGGAAAUCGAGAGAAAAGCUCAGGCCAACGAGCAGCGCUACACCAAGCUGAAGGAGAAAUACACAGAACUGGUUCAGAGUCAUGCAGACCUGCUGAGGAAGAACGCAGAGGUCACCCGGCAGAUGACGGUGGCCCGGGCGGCUCAGGAUGAGGUGGAGGCGGUCCGGAGGGAGAUGCAGGAGAAGGUGAAGAGCGCGCAGGAGGCUGCGGACAGACAGGAGAGGGAACAGGUGAAGCAACUUCAGGAGCUGCAGAGAGAGCUGGUUUCCACCCAGACAGAACUGGACUCCCUGAAGACCAGCAUGGCCUCGUCCCAGCAGUCGAGCGAAGUGCUCGGCACACAGCUGGUCGCCCUGGAGUCCGAGAAAGCAGAGCUGGUUCAGACUUUGUCAAAGGUGGAGGCGGAGCUCGCGGUCCAGGGGGAGGAGCUCCAGCGAGUUCAGAGCUCUCUGGCGACUGAGCGGGAAAGCGGCGUGAAGACGGCCGAGGCCCUGCAGAAUCAGCUCAAUGAGAAGGAGAGCAGGGAGCAGGCGCUGGAGAGUCAGCUGGUGGCGGCUCGCUGGUCCAGCCUGCAGGGAGCCGUGGAGGAGGCCGAGCGGAUCAUCCAGGACUCGUUAGCUCAGAUAGACGAUCCGGCACACAUCAGCUGCACCAGCUCUGCAGACUAUCUUGCGUCUAGAUGCCAAGCCUCUUUAGACUCCAUGGAGCGGCUACAGAGCGCCAGAGAGGCCUUCUUGGCCGACAACACAGCCGUGUUGGAGCUGGUGCGAGUGGUGACCCAGUGUGGCCACCUGGUGGGCGACACCAUCGUUCAGGGCAGCGCCACCUCCCACAUGGUUCCUGUGGAGCAAGCAGACGCGCUGUCGGAGAGCGUGAAGACGUGCGGAUCAGAAGCUCUGUCUCUGCUGGGCCAGUUGAAGCAACAGGACAGCCUGGCAGCAGCCGACGGCAGCAAGCUGAGGGCGGCUCUGGAGGCCAUCCUGGCCACAGCAGAGAAGCUGCGCCCGCGGGGUUUGGAGCUGCAGCAGGGGGAGCUGGGAGACCUGGUGGAGCAGGAAAUGGCUGCCACUUCGGCCGCUGUGGAGUCCGCAGCCGCCAGGAUAGAGGAAAUGCUGAACAAGUCCCGAGCAGUCGAUACAGGAAUCAAGAUGGAGGUCAACGAGAGGAUCCUGGCUUCCUGCACAGAGCUGAUGCAGACGAUCAAGGAGCUUAUUUUGUCUUCGAAAGAUCUGCAAAGGGACAUUGUGGAGAGUGGAAGGGGGGCAGCCUCCAUGAAGGAAUUUUAUGCGAAGAACUCCCGCUGGACGGAGGGCCUGAUCUCUGCCUCCAAAGCUGUCGGAUGGGGCGCCACGGUCAUGGUAGACGCUGCCGACAUGGUGGUGCAGGGGAAAGGGAAGUUUGAGGAGCUGAUGGUGUGCUCCCAUGAAAUCGCUGCUAGCACAGCACAGCUGGUUGCUGCUUCAAAGGUGAAGGCAGAUAAAGACAGCGCGAACCUGCACCGACUGCAGCAGGCGUCCCGCGGCGUCACCCAGGCGACCGCCGCUGUUGUGGCCUCCACCAAGUCUGGGAAAUCCCAGAUUGAAGAUACAGAAACAAUGGACUUCUCCAGCAUGACUCUGACCCAGAUCAAGCGACAAGAGAUGGACGCACAGGUUCUGGUUCUGGAGCUGGAGACCCGCCUGCAGAAGGAACGGGAGCGUCUGGGCGAGCUGAGGAAGAAGCAUUACGAGCUGGCCGGUGUAGCAGAGGGCUGGGGCGAGGAAGAGGAAGGCACAGGAUGAAAGCCCCUCUUCCUCCUCCUCCUCUUCCACCCGAAGAGCUUCUCCUCUCCACCUCCUUUUAUUUAUAGACACGCUUCUGUUUUAUUUUCCGCCUUCCCUCACAUUUAUCUGCUGGUUAUAUCCAAGCCAAAUGAAAAGGUGCUUCUUUUUUCCAAUCCCUCUCGCUUCUUCAUACACGCCAGCUAGCGUCUGUCUCACAGAGGUGCUGCGGCAGCAGGUGGGGGUCAUGAUGGAGGAGUGUCGCCUCCCUUCUCUGCUGCAACACCGCUGCGUUUGUCUCCAGUCCCCCGUUUUCAUGACUGCGCAGCGUCGAGGAGUCGCGCAGGACGCAACACGAGCACAAGGGGCCCAAACUCUCAGAGAGUGGGGGUGGAUCACGGCGUCUCCAUGUAGCUCGGCUGCUGCGCUUGCUCUUCUGUCCGCCGCCGUCUGACGCGCGCUACGUCACGAGCUGAAUCAGCUGAAGGAGCUUCCUCCACGCAGUUGCUCUCCAGUUUCUUCCUCUUCUGUUCUCACUGUGACUUUUUUAAAGGCCGAACGGCUUCCGGGCUUUCUGCCUUCCACGUCCUAGCCAUUGUAACGACCGGGACUGUUAAGCUAAACGACCCUCGUCCCUCCACUUUAUUUUUAAAGUCCAUUUUUUACUGUACCAGAUAAAAGUAGUCAGCAUUGCGAGGGAGGGGAUUGUCCGUUGUCGGAGCUCGGAGGUAGAGGUUGCCGCACAAAACACUAACAAGACAUUCUUUUUUUUUUUCUCCUUUUUUGCAACGUAUUUAUAAAUCAGAAUGAUACAAAGUUUGAUAUUUCAUUGACAUUUAAUGCGUCGGUUCAGAUCUGGGAUCCAAUCACGUGCAGAGAGGAAGCGUGUCUUAAUGAACUUUCUGAUCAUUUAGAGGAAUCUGCAUAAGAAGCUUUUGUUUUUAAACAUUUCAUCACUGAUCAUCUUCACAGUACAAGAAGUUGGUGCAUUAACGGAUCCCGUAAGACCGAGUAGCUGUGGGCAUAGACUGUAAGCCAUUUGUUGUUGCAAAGAACUGUUUGCCUUUCUUUCCUCAUGACGAUCCGGUGCACCUGAACGCCACGCGGCUUUUAUUCCCAUGCGUCUCUCUGCUCGGUCUAAUGAAGCGACUCUUUAAGUUGGACUCUCCGAGAAGAGCAGGAGCUUUUUUUUUGUUUGUUUUUGUUUCUCUUUCUCGAUUCUAGCCAACACCUUUCACCUUCCUCCUGUGUGUUCACGCCGAUGACGAUUCUGUGUCUUAACGCUCAGCCUCACUUGAUGCUGUUGUUGAUUUUUUUUUUUUUUUUCAUUUUAUUUUUAACAGGCGCUGCUUGGUUUGAAUUAGCUCAUUUUUCUUCCACGUAAAGACAAAACAGCGAGGUAGUCGGAAGAAAAAUAGAUACGUUUCUAUUGCCAUCUGCUGCUCCAACCAGGUUAAAGCAAGCAUCAUUUACUGUUACUUCCAGGUUGUUGUAUUUAAUCACAGUUUUAGCUGAUUCACCUGGAGAAUAAUAUAUAGUCCAGAAAGAAUGGACAGAAGUCUCCUCACAGUGGUAUCUCAAGUGUCUUGAAAGGUAAAGUGCACACAACUUGAGAGAUGUUUUGGUUUUCACUCUUUAUUCUUUGCUCAGAUACUUUUUAUUAAUUAACCUUUUUUUUUUUAUAAUUUCUUCCUUUGGUCCCUUUAUUGUUUUGGGGUUUGUGUUUGUAGAUCCACCAGCUCAGCCAGCCUUUUCAAACUGCCUCAUACUGUAGUCAGAGACAGAUACUCACAUAGCAACAUUGAAAUGUGUCUUUGUAUAAUAUUAUACUAAACCAAUGUUGGUGGGUGUGUUUUUAUUUUUCCAGUUUUUGAAAUAAAUGCUUUGAUUCAUUAAUACAGA